AUGUCUUCCGCCAAUUCCGCAGACACCCAUCCGCAAACUCAAUCCCAAACUCCGGCUCAAAGCUACAAGAAACCAGCUUCCUGGGCGCUGAUAUCCCUGUUCACGGUCUUAUUGGCUGUAUCAAUCGCCUUGAUUUUAGGAUAUACAGGCCCUAGCAGUGCUUCAGAAACAGAAAGCGAAACCGCCAAUCUGUUCGGCCUGAAACGCUUCUUUGCUCGUACGUCUACGUCGGCUAGACAGACGGGGUCAUCUGUUGCGUCGCGCCAGAGCUACAAUCAGCAGAAGAAGACAGGAUCAGUGCAGACCGAUACCGAGGCCAUGGCGACGAGAACUCCGGUUUAUUUUCUCAGUCAUGGUGGUCCAAACAUCAUGUUUGAUCACGACCACCCGGCGUAUUUGAAGCUCGGGCAGAUCGGACGAGAGAUCACGAGUAAGGUCAAGCCUCGCGCGGUGGUUGUGUUUUCGGCGCAUUGGCAGGCAGGAAAAGAUCAUGUGGAGGUGAACAAUGCGGAGAUUACGGAUUUGAUAUAUGACUUCUAUGGCUUCCCGAGCCAAUACUAUAAAGAAAAGUACCCGAAUGUUGGAAGCAAAGAGAUAGCAGACAAGGUGCUUGGAUUUCUGGGAAACGCGGGGAUCAACGCCCGCGGCGUCAAACGAGGCCUGGAUCACGGAGUAUGGGUGAGCUUCAAGUGUGCCUUUGAACCCGACACCAACCCCCUCAACGUGCCCAUCGUACAAGUCUCCCUCUUCAAAACCGAAGACCCCCUCCAGCACUACAAACUAGGCCAAGCCGUGUCCGCCCUACGCGACGAAAACAUCCUCAUCAUCGUAUCAGGCAUGGCCGUGCACAAUCUCCGCGAUCUGCAGUUCACAUGGGGCAAUCCCCAACCAUUACCCUACACAGUGAGCUUUGACGAGGCGCUCAAAGACGCCGUCACGACUGCCCCGGGGGACCGGGAACGCGCUAUGGCGGAGUUGUUGAAGAGGCCGGACGCGCGCCAGGCGCAUCCGUAUUUCGAUCAUUUGCUCCCGAUUCAUAUUGGUGCUGGAGCGGCGGGAGAUGAUGUGGCUAAGAGGCUGUGGACGCUGAAGGAGGGAAGUAUGAGCUGGGCGCAGUUUCGGUUUGGGGAGGUCGGGAAUAGUAGUUCGUUGUGA